AUGGACCAAAACGAAAAGCUGACGACCCUGACCCUGGCUAAGAUUUUGGAAAGGCUCAACCGAAAGGACACAGGACACCCAGGUGAAGAUGAAAUCCAGAAUCAAGGGGAUCAGAUACGUGGAAAUUCUACGACUGUAAGGCAUUGGAUCGAGACAUCGGUAAGAAACGGCAUGAAUGACAGUGCUCCUCUCGCAUUCAUGGGCCCAUUUGGCGGUGACGGCGCUGCUCCUGCGAGCAUUCCUGCUGGGAGAGCUCCGAGUAGCCAGGCGCCGACACCUCCCCGUCCCAGCCUGAGACCUUCUUCACCUUCACAACUCCGCCCCGGUACGUUUCCCAUACUCCUUGGCCGGGUCGAAUUCUCGCUGAUCAAACUUAGCGAGCCCAGCGGUCUCAUGACCCAACAUCCAAUCUACAACUCCAUCUCAUCAGACGAUACCGCCAUCCCUUCUGCAACAUUCUUUCCGAAUGUGACGACAUUCAGCCCCAGUGGCCGUCCGGUGCAAAACCCGAUGGUGGCAGCGCUUUCGUCCGGGCAGCAAGCCCCUUUGAAGGCGCGACUCCAAAUGGACAAGAACCGAAGAGCCUCAGUCGUUAAGAUGACCAGCCGGGAGAAGCUUCUGAAGUCGAGCAGCCCCCUGAUCCCCUCUGCCCUCCGAAGUGUCAAUUUCCCUCCUCCGUCGCUCGAGAGCACCACCGACGAGUCGAGCAGCGAUGAGCUCAUAAUUACAAACCGCGGCCAUUCGAGCAGCCAAGUUCAUCAGACUCAGAGUAGCAUGAGAAUGAACAUCGAUUCCUCGUUCAGCCACCUGGCUCCUCCCAUGUCUCCGAACGAACUCUUCAACGCAUUCUCAUCCAUGAACACGUUCGCAGCCAACAACCCGCCUCCUUCCUUGCCCCCGAACGACCUGCUCGCGAACCCGGGCCCGGCUUGGAACUUGGACCUGCUCCAGAGCCCUCAACUCGGGCACAUCCUCCCACCUCCAGCGGAGAUCGCAGUCAGAGUCGGCAACGCGCGCACCCUCGCUCACAACGGCUACCGCGGCCCCUUCGAUAUCGGCCGCCUCACCUGCCUCGUUGAUCCGUACACUGGCGAGCCCAACCCUAUCGCCGAGACACGCCCCGAUGCUCACGGCAACAUGGUCACGUACGACAUUCACACCAACGAAGCCAUUCUCGACGUCGAGCCCUGCGAGACUGGCACCGCCCAGUGGGGCAAGAAGGGCGAGUUCACUGGCUUUGUCGAGGAAACAAAGGAUCCGCGCCUUAAGUCGAACGCAAAGGAUGCCUGGAUGGGCGCUAGGCUUGGCGAAGGCACUCAAUCUGUCAUGGAUCAUGACUAUGAUGUCCCGGCUGCGAUACCUAAUACGGGUCCGACGCCGUCUUGGGUCAAGGAAGCCAAUGACAUUCUUGGUAUUCCGAACCAGGAUGACGAGGAUCAGCCGGGUCUCUUCGAAUAUUGCGAUUUAAAUUUUGACGAAUGA